AUGCAGCCGGAAGCCGCCGCUCGCUGCCCGCCGUUCGGAGCUACAGACAUCCUGGUGAGACCUCCAGUGAUAGAGCGCCCGUCCAAGCUGACGUUGUCAAGGUCGGACCUUGAGGGGCGUCUCGAGUCCCAGCUUACCGCCCGGCUCCGGGAGCUGCCAAGCGGCGUGCGGGACCGUGACCUGGAGGCCCGUCUUCGCGCAGUGAAGGUGGAGCUCGAGGGCCUCGUGGAGUCGCGCGGCCGCGGGGCUGCAGACCUUUUCGAGUCCCGUCUCGGGGAGCUGCGGAACCAGAUUGAGGACAAGUUGGAGACCUUCGUCCAAAGCCGGCUCGACACCUUGCGGCAGGAGUGCCACCAGGAUGCAAAGACCUGCAUCCAAGAAGCUCAGGUCCGCCUCAGCGAAGACGUCGUGGCCCUCCAGCAGCGACUGGUUGCCGAACUCCGGGCGGAGACCACGGCGGCCAUCAACCGCGAGUCCGCAGCCCUGGCUGCUCUGGACGAGCAGCUGUGGAUAACGGAUCAGAGGCUCGGGCAGCGCAUCGACGACUUGGCCCAGAGCCGCCUCCGGGAGCGCAACGCCUCAGGUGUCAAAGGCGGCCGACUCCUGUCGUCGCUGAUAACGGAGACCUUCGAGGACAGUGAUCGGACGCUGGCAGAGCCAGUGACGCCCGAGGCUUCCAGGCGAACAGCGCAGCGGGUCUCGGGCGGGGUCCUUGCGGCCGCGCAGCUUGCCGCCAAGUCGCUGAUGGAGGAAUCCAGGACACCCGAACCAGUGGAGGAGCGUGGGCUGUGCCGAGAUAGCGCCAGCCGCAUGCGGCAUCAGCGGGACAUCAACGAGGCUGCAAGCCGACUGUUGCGCCGCGAUGACGACGUUGGAGCAUCCCGGCGAUCACGAAGAUGA